CGCUUCUAAUCCCUCUAUUUCACUGUACUAAAGUAGAGAACCCAACUUGACGAGUCAAGCUUGUCUCCGCAGUUCGUGCACUCGGAAACUACACCAGCAACAAUACGCCAUGUCAGCCUCCGGGACUUCUGGCCAUUACCCGAACCGGACCCAACCCUGCUCGGACCAGGAUCGGAAAGCUCAACCCAUCGCAGCCAAAGUCCCCGGCUUCCCGCCUGAUCCACUUCUUAAGUCCGGCUCCUCUAUUGGCGCCACCACUAAUGGCCAAAGCUCAGUCGACGACCGGAAGGCUGAACCACGCAAAUCGUCUAAUGGCGGCGCCGCUUGCCCUGAUAAUACGAAUGGCGCGGAACCGGCUACGACUACGAGUUCUGUGCGAGGAAUUAGAAAGCAGCCGGAACCGGAGAUUGAUUGGCUGCCGCCUGGUUGGACUGUUGAAGAUAGAGUACGGGUCUCUGGUGCGUCUGCUGGUACGACAGAUAGGUACUACUUUGAUCCAAUCUCGAACCGGAAAUUUCGCUCAAAGAAAGAGGUCCUCUACUUUUUGCAAACAGGAACUCGGCUGAAAAGGAAAAAAGAAUUCGAUGCUGAUGCACCAUCUGGGGACAAUUCUGGGGCACAUAAACAGAAGGCUUGCACAAUCGAAAAGGGUUCUGCUAGGAACUUCAACUUUUCGGAUGUGCCUGAGAAUGUUCAAUGGGUUCUCUCAGAUUCUUCUGAAGAGUGGAAAGCUUUUAUUGGCAAUGACCAAGUUCUGGAGUCUAGUAAACGAGACUGGUUAGCCGCAUUCACAUUGCUUGCAUCUAGAGAUAGAGGCAGAUACCAAUGAAGGCCAUUUUCAGUCACCAAUCCAGUGCGUGCAAAUAGCUGUAUUACUGACCAUUGUUCUUCUUUUGGUUUCUAGUCCUUUUGAUUCUUAGUUAGUUGUAAUUUAGUCCAUAUAAUGUAAAACAGCCAAGCACAAAUCAUAUUGUUUCUUGGCAUUUUUGUCAACUCAUCAUAGUCAAUAGGCUCCUAUUUUGUUCGUUCUUUUUAUAUGUACCUAUCAACUUUCUUCUUUAAAAAACAAAAAGAAUUUUGCGACAAUAA